AAAGAUUAUGUUACGAGCAAAAGGUUUGAAUGCAAUUAUUUGCGUUAUAAUCGAUUGUUUAUCUGUUUAACAGCUUUAAUUUAAUGUUUGCGUUUUAAAGACGCACAGAAAUUGAAAUGAAGAGUGAAUCCCAGAUUGCAAAAAAUUAUGUUGGAGAUAGUGAAGAUGAGGAUUCCGACUCUGACAGUUCUUACGAAAUCAAAAAAAAAUCUAAACGAAGAAAGAGAGCUAAAGAAUCAGAAACCGUUAUUGAACAGCGUAAGGCGAGAAGUAUGCUUGAGCAGGAUUAUAGAGACAGAUUUAUGAUGCAAUCAAAACUUGUAACUCCUUCUGAAGGGGUAGUUAUUAAUCUUGGACAUCAUGAAAGCGAAGAUCAUAUUUACAUUCCCGAUGUUUUGGGCAGCAAAUUGAAAUCACAUCAGAUUGAAGGUGUUCGAUUCUUAUGGAAGAAUAUAAUAAUGUUCAAUAAAGGCUGUGUUCUUGCGCAUUCGAUGGGAUUAGGAAAAACGUUUCAAAUUAUAACAUUUUUAUUCACAUUGGCUUAUCAUAUUCGAGGAUAUAAAAAUAAUACAGUAAUACCUGAUCAUCUUAAGGUAUUCAGGAUUUUAAUUCUCUGUCCAAAAAUUGUUGUUGAUAAUUGGGAAAAUGAAUUUAAUUACUGGUUAAAGGACGUGAAUAAAAUAUUUAAGAUACAUAAAUUUAAUAGUGAAAACAGCCUUAAUCAGCGUCAUUCUACUAUUUCUUUAUGGUUUCAAGAAGGUGGCGUGCUUUUAAUUGGGUACGAAAUGUAUAGGCAUCUCGUAACACAAAAUUCACCACACAGAGAUGAAUACAAUAAAUUCUUCUUGGAUCCCGGUCCAUCGUUAGUAGUUGCAGACGAAGGCCAUAUACUUAAAACGAAGGAUACAAAACUUAAUGAUGUUCUUAGGGGUCUAAAAACUCCAAGUCGAAUAAUUUUGACUGGAUCACCUUUACAAAACAAUUUGGUUGAGUAUUGGUGCAUGAUACAAUUUGUAUGUCCCAAUUAUUUGGGUGAGCUUGAAGAUUUUAGAAAAGUGUAUAUGUUACCUAUUCAAAAUGGUUUGUAUAAACAAGCCGAUCCUGCGGAUCAAAAGCUUUCAAGAAAGAUGCUUUACGUUCUUGGCAAUAUUAUUGAAGAUAUUGUUCAUAGGAAAAAUGUCAGUAUUUUAGAACAGGAUCUGCCUACAAAAGUAGAAUAUCUUAUUUCUUGCAGAAUGCAUGGACGUCAAUUAGAGAUAUAUAAGGCUUUAAUUGAUGCAUUAAAAAGUGAGGGGGGGCCGAAUAUACAAUAUUCACAUCUUUUAGGUGUUAUAUGCAAUCAUCCUGGAAUAGUCUUGCCAAGCCUUGAUCCAAAUAGAUACGGAAGUUACAAGGUUAAGGAGAGCAAAACAAAAGAAAAAAUUGUUAUAGAUUUGACAGGCGAAGAUGGUGAAGUGACCGCAAUGGAAGAAUCAAAAAUGAUGCCAAGUACCGUUCGAGAAAAUAUUUAUAAUAUCGUGAGCAACAUGAAAGAUUUGGAUGUUAUUUCUGAGAGCUGUAAAAUGGAAGUGUUGAUGAGGAUUUUGGAGAAAUGUGAAUUAAAAAAAGACAAAGUACUAGUUUUCUCUAAAAGUAUUCCAACUUUAGAUUUCAUUGAAAAAAUAAUACGAAAAUGGAAACCCGACAGUGAUUCUCACUUUAUGCGAAUAGAUGGGAGCACGGCUUCUUCUAACCGGCAAAUGUUAAUAAAAGAUUUUAACCGUACUAAAUUAUGGCGAGUCGCAUUAAUUUCGGUCAGGACUGCCGCUUUAGGUGUCAAUUUAGUGGGAGCUAAUAGGGUUAUUUUGGUUGAUGGUGAAUGGAACCCAAGCCAUGCGGAACAAGCCAUUGGCAGGGCAUACCGAUAUGGUCAAACGAAACCUGUAUUCGUUUAUCGAUUGAUAACGGCUGGAACAUUUGAAGAUAAAUUAUUCAACAAUUCAGUGCAUAAAAUGAGCUUAUCAAUUCGAGUGGUAGAUCAGAAAAAUCCAGAGAGGAAAUUCACGCGAGAAGAUCUUAACGCGAGAAUGUUUAUCACACCCGAUCCUAAUAUGAAGACUAAACUACCAGAACAUAUUAACUAUGAAGAUGAUGUACUGGUCAAUGUUACUAAAGAAUAUCGAAAUAAUAUUAUUGAUAUUCAGAGGGUUUCGUCUUUCUUUAUUGAUGAUUCUCAAGAUUUUAAUGAAGAGGAUCAAAGACAUGCUCAGCAAUUAUUAAUUGAAGAAAUUGCAAAAUUACAAUUACGAAUUACAAAUUAAUUAGUUUAUAGAGUUUUUGUGACAUAACACACUAUUUUGUAAAUAAAUCUAAUUAAUA